AAUGCGUUUUUCUUAUUUUGAGAAGAAAAGAGUAAAUAAAAUGGGUUAUUUUAUUAUGUUUUACAGAUCUUUGGUCAAGUCUUUGACAAUUAACGUGUAAUUGUGACUGUGAUUUACACAUUACUAACCAAAUUUUCUUUAAAAAAAAAUCAAUUGUAACGUGACGUUUUGUUGAUAUCAGAAAACAAUAUAAAUAAUAAAAAAAGAUUCGACUGAUACCGGUUCCCGAUAGCAGUUGGCUACAUAGUUAACAUAGUGUAUCAAUUAGGAUAACUUAUUGACUGGUACUCGUUCUUGGCAUAUAUUAAUUUUUGACAGUCCUAGAAGAGUUAGAACUCUUAAUAGAAUAAUAAAAAUGGCGUUGAGUGAAGAAAGGUUGAAAGAGAUGGAGGAGGAGAUGAACAGAUUUGAGUUGGAGAUUGAAGGCCCGUCUGUUGAUCAACGAUUUAUUCUGGGUUCGCGGACGUUUCAAGCUGUACAAGCCCAGUUAAAGACGAUACGGGCUGGAGUCGAGGCAGAUGACCAAUCAGAUACUCCAGCUACAUUACCACUUUCAGCCCUGAUAGCUCCUCCCCCUCCACCUCCACUUGCAUCCAACCUUACACAAGCUCCUAAUGGACAGCCUCCAGUGCAGCCACCACCUCCUCCACCGAGACCAGCAUUUGUUCCACCACAGUUGCGUAAUCGCCCUCCUCCUCCUCCCCGUCCUCCAAUGCCUUUACCAGCGAGACCUCCCAUGCAGCAUCAAGGUAUGAGGUUUCAGGGACCAGGUGGACCAACAGGUGAAGGAGGACCCAUGAAUCAGGGCGGACCUAUGGGACAAGGUGGUCCUAUGGGACCUGGAGGACCAGGUGGGCCUAUGGGACCAGGUGGGCCUAUGGGACCAGGAGGGCCAAUGGGACCAGGAGGGCCAAUGGGUCCAGGAGGGCCAAUGGGACCUGGAGGGCCAAUGGGACCUGGAGGGCCAAUGGGACCUGGAGGGCCAAUGGGUCCUGGUGGGCCAAUGGGCCAGGGAGGACCUAUGGGCCCGGGUGGACCCAUGCCAUUUCAAGGAGGUCCUCAGAUGAUGGGAGGUCCACAUGGACCAAUGCAUCCUCAUAUGGGAGGACCAGGCAUGAGACCACCAAUGAUGAGGCCCUAUAUGCAACAAGGUUGGUCACAAGUUCCAGAGCCAACUCCAGCUGAAAUAGAGAAACCAAAAGUAGUGUACUCAGCUGAACCUGUUAGGACAGUUCCUAAAAAGGAGAAGAAAAAGAAACAGAAAGUCGCAGAGACAGCAGAAGCUACUGCUAGCAUGGAUGUCGAUCAGCCAACGGAGAUGCCAGACAUGGGAGGUUAUGAUAUCGACGGGGAAGCCAUGCCUUCUGUUCCCAUGGCAACAGAAAUGCCUGAAGGAUUUGAACAAGAAAUGACGACAAAGAAGGAUAAAAAAGAUAAAAAGAAGAAAUAUGUGAGAACAGCUGCUGGUACGACGUGGGAGGAUCCAACAUUAGCCGAGUGGGAAUCAGAUGAUUUUCGAAUGUUUUGUGGUGAUUUGGGUAAUGAAGUUACCGAUGAACAUCUAGCUCGAGCGUUUUCUAAAUUUCCGUCGUUUUUAAAAGCUAAAAUAGUACGAGAUAGACGAUCGAAUAAAUCUAAAGGAUAUGGUUUCGUUAGUUUUAGUGAUCCUGGGGAUUUUACUCGUGCCAUGAGAGAAAUGAACGGUAAAUAUGUAGGAAACAGACCAAUUAAAUUACGUAAAAGUACGUGGAGAGAUAGAAAUAUAGAAUUAGUGAGAAAGAAAGAGAAGGAGAAGAAAAGACUUGGAUUAAGAUGAAGUUCUUGUUGUUUUAUUAGUGAUGGAGGAGGCGGUGAUGAUGAUGAUUCAGAGACAGUGUUUAAGGAAUUGUGCCACGAAAUCUUACGAUUUAGUAAGAUGAUGUUUCACCAAGAAUUAUUGGUGACAAUCUCAAGGUGCUACAAUCAAGAAUACGGUAAUUACACUAAAAAUAGUGUGGUUGAAGUGUCUUUGAUCACCAUAAAGGCCUUUGUAUAAAGGUUUUAAUUGCUUUUGAGUUGAAUGUGUUGUUUUAGCAAUAAAACAUGAAUGAAAACAGUGAGAAGGUUGCGAAUUGUGGAUGCAGAGCUUAUAAACUUUUAUAUUUGUGUGUUCAAUUGACAUUCUGCAUACAGAGACGUACAUGUAUCUACUUACAGAAUAGAUCCCUGCUCUGAAUGGUCGGCAUAUCCCAAAAUUAAUAUACAUGUACUAUUUCCUAAUGUGGCUCUACUCUGUUUCAUAUCUGUCAUACACACAAAGACUUAAUAAACCUUUUCAAUUUUAUUAAACAAUUCACAGAAUUCUUCAAGUAUGCUUUAGCUGUGUUUUCCUCUAAAUUCCUCUAGGAAUCAAAAUUUUGGUCAACUACAUGUAGCUUAGUUCUCAAGCUGAGCUUCUUAUUGACAACUUAUAACACUGGGUCCUAGGUUUCCAACUUGUGGGUCGCUACACCAUAGCACCUUUCGUGAGGUGGUGGCAGACUACACUGAAACUUUUAAAGAAAAUGCUAUAUUUUCAUGAAAAGCAUAUCAAUCUCUGAUCUAUACACCUCUUGCCACAUUUCCAAUCGUCUUUCCUCAAGUUUUAUAAAGGUGUAAAAAUAUAAGGUGAGGGGUCGUGACCGGGCCCCAAGUUCACAAACCAUUCUCAGACAUAAGUUGAGAAUUUGCUCAACUUUCAAUCACUGUUUAUGAGAAAUAUCUUUGAUUCAGAAACACAAAACUUUGCACAUAGUUUAUUAUUAAUGUAUCUGAUACAUUCAAACAACAAAAUUAUUAUAAAGGGCUAUAUUUUAGUUAAAAUAAGGUGAACAAGUUUGAGUAAAUUCUUAACUUAAGUCUGAGAAUGCUUUGUGAACUCGGGGCCUGAUGAUGGUUUACGGAAUGGUGUAGUCACCAACAAAAGGUUAGGAACCACUGCACUAGGUCAUAUGUUAAUUCAUCAUGUAACUAACUCUAGAUAAGAUGUAUGUUUAUUCUGUUAUUAAUUUCUGCAUUCUGAAUGAAUAUUUUGAUGUAAAUAAACAUGUAGUGUACAUGUUACAA